AUGGGUCGGGUCCGGCAGCGCGGUCGCCGCGGCGUCUGUCAGUCACUGGCGACGGUGCGGCAUCACACCGUCUACGGUCUCCAGUGGUACGGGCGUCUGUGUGCCCGCGCGUACCAUCACUGUUCUGGUACGCGGCAGUCGGUUGAUCGGUCCGGGUGCGUGGUCGGUCUGUGCGUGCGCGCAACACUGGCGGCGUGCGGUCGUACACUGAGCGGAGACGCGGGCGUCCGCCUGCAGCCACCACUCCCUCGGCUCAGCUUUGUACCGCGCCACCUAUUGCCCUCUCAGGAAUUGUCAACGUCCGAUCCUCGUUAUCACAGCUCUGGAGUAACGCGCGUCUGUUGGCUCCAGAAACGA